UUGACACAUUCUUCACAAUCUAAUCAGGCCAGGGCCAGCUCUACAGCCUCGUCCUUUAUAGUUUUUGAAAUUCUAGGAUUUUGGGUUCUCUAAAGUUGACACAUUCUUAGGUUAAUUUCUAACAAUGGCUUCUGCUGAUCAACUGAUCGUAACUGUUUUGCUACUUGCGGCUUUGCUAAUCACCCCAUCAUAUUCUCUUACAUGCACUUCGCAGAAAUUUUCAAGCGAUAAAACUUUCACAGAUUGCAUUGAUCUCCCAGUACUUGAUGCUUACUUGCAUUAUACAUACAAUUCUACCAAUGCCUCGCUUUCCAUUGCUUAUAUUGCGGCUCCUGCUAAGCCUGACGGAUGGGUUGCUUGGGCUAUAAACCCAAAAUCCUCAGGCAUGGUAGGAGCACAGACUUUACUUGCAUACAAAUCCAAGGUGGAUUCAGUUGCUGUGAAGACUUAUGAUAUUACAGCUUAUGGACCGCUUAAGGAGUCCAAGCUAUCAUUUGAUGUUUGGGAUUUGAGAGGCGAGUCUAAUGGUGAUAAUUUGGUGAUAUUUGCAACGGUGAAGGUGCCAGAGAAGGCCGAGGAGGUUAACCAAGUAUGGCAAGUUGGUCCUGCUGUGACUGAUGGCAACCCUAGCAGGCAUGAAAUGAACGAGGCUAAUACCAAUUCUAAAGGAGUUUUGAAGUUGGUGGGUGGUGGUGGUGAAUCAUCACCAGCUCCUGGUGGUUCGACUCCUGAAACUCCGGCUGCCCCUCAUAAUGCUGCAAUUUCUACUGUCAGGAAGUUGAGCAUGGCUUCUUGCUUGGGAGUUAUUGUUUUGAUUGGUAGCUUUAUUGGAUUUUGAGUCCGAUAAGCACCAUAUGUUAAAUCAAUAUUUCGUGCAAUUUAUAAUAUAUUCUUGAUUAAAACUCCAA